CUUGAAAAAUUACAUGGUUUCAACAGUUACAAAAAGAGAGAAACGGAGGACGUUGCCGUCGCCGGAAAAAAAAAACGAUCGGAUCCUGCUGAAUGACCUUGAGACAGAAGCUCGAACAUGAACGUCGGUGGUUGCAGGAUCCACGGCUUUGCGGCGGUCACACCAAAUCGGAACCCUUGACAGAAGCAACCAAACUCUGUUUCGGAUUCCUCAUUGGUGAACCACCUGACCCGCUACAGAUCCUCCGACAUGCUCAAUCAACCGAUCUUAGGCUCCGCGAAGUUAGGUCCCAUGCCUAGCAACCCGCUCACUCAGAUCUAACACGCUUCCUCCAGCUCCGGCGACCACCGCAACCUCAAGGUAGAUUUGCUUCAAUCCGGUCUGGUGGACACAAAAUCAUGGCGUUUUACAGAGGAUGAUGGCUCAAUCCAUCCUCCAUAACCCGGGACCCAUGAUAGCCCCUAAGGAUGCCGAAACAUCUAGGUUAACCACCGCAACGAUGCAACAUUUACCCUCCUGUCUUCCUCCGACUUCCGCCGCAACCACAGCUUCUAUUGGAAGGGUGAACCAAGGGAAAGCUCCACCGCGAACAAACGCGGCUUGAUCUAGAAGCUUCCCGACCUACCAAACCGAAGCCACAGCUGCAUCAGAGGAAGAGAAAACCACGCCUCUGUUGCCGGAGAUGCAAACCACCCACCACUGCCUUCCCCUUGUAGAUUCAAGGCCUACAAUGAAGAACCGCCCAACCUACCUGUCAAAGCCAAAUCCGAUCUGUAACGUGACGCCUCGGCUGGAUGGAGAGAAGUCAGGAUCCAGUGAGAGAAACACCAGAUCUGACCCCCGGAGCUCACCAAAGAGAGACUACGGCUCUCACUUCUCACCGAAGCCAACGAACCCACCGGCGAAUCCUAACACACAGAGUCUUCAGCCCCGAUCUGCCGACUCCAGCCACGAAUAAGAAGCCGUCCUUAAGCAAUUCCUUCGAACCUUCACUAACAGACCCCUCUAACGAAGAGUCCGCUUGACGCGCCGGGACAACACCGGAAACCACCAUCAAAAGAGAACCAGACCGGAGACGAAGGACCACCUCACAGAGGAUGACGAUGACAGAAGAAAAGCCUUCUUCGGUGCCGGAAGGGCAACUGGAGAGGCGGCGGUGCAAAAAUUAGGUUUAGGUUUUUUAGAGAGAAGGAAGAGAGAAAGGGGAGGAGAAUUUUGCUUAUAUUUCUCCGACUCGAUUUGCGAAAAGUUUUCUGGAAAAUAAAAAAAGUUUCGAUUCGAUGGCUCUCGAUAUCUGCGUGAAGGUUGCCGUCGGUGCUCCUGAUGUUCUCGGAGACUGUCCGUUUAGCCAACGUGUUCUACUGACCCUUGAGGAGAAGAAGGCUCCCUACAAGCUCCAUCUCAUUAACGUCUCCGACAAACCCCAGUGGUUCUUAGACAUUAGCCCAGAAGGUAAAGUUCCGGUUAUGAAGCUUGACGGCAAAUGGGUAGCUGAUUCUGACGUUAUCGUUGGGAUUCUCGAGGAGAAAUAUCCAGAGCCUUCUCUCAAGACUCCUCCUGAAUUUGCUUCUGUGGGAUCCAAACUCUUUGGUGCUUUUGUGACUUUCUUGUUGAGCAAAGAUGCUAAUGAUGGAUCCGAGAAGGCCUUGGUUGAUGAGUUAGAAGCCUUGGAGAAUCAUUUGAAGACACAUCCUGGUCCUUUUGUAGCUGGAGAGAAAGUUACUGCGUUGGAUUUGAGUUUAGCACCUAAGCUUUACCAUCUUGUAAUUGUUCUUGGUCAUUACAAGAACUGGUCUGUCCCUGAGAGCUUGACUUAUGUUCGUAACUACGCCGAGGCUUUGUUUGCUAGAGAGUCAUUCGAGAAAACCAGGGCUGAUAAAGAGUUUGUGGUUGCGGGUUGGGAAUCUAAGGUGAACGGUUGAUGUUGGAUCCAUGCUUCUCGAGUUAUUGUUGCUUAGAACCUGUAUUCUUCACCGAAUAAUGAAAAUGCACGAUUAUGCGUGUUAUUGUUCUUUAGAGUUUGUUAUCUCCUAUCAAUAAUGAUGCAGUAGACAACCAUUGUCUUUUUGAUAGUGUAUAUCUCUUAUUUGAUUUGGGAUUA